UUUGCAGAUAUCUCAUUAUAUCAUACCAAUGGAUAUCUGGGAUAUUUAUUUGACAAAAUACCAACUCCAAUGAUAAAUCAAUUGGAAACAAUUUCAUUGCAUGUGGAUAUCAUGCGAGAAACUUUACAAGAACUGUAUUUACCGUGUCCAGUCCACGAUUUAUUUUUUGCUAUCACUAAUUUGCAUAAUGCAAAAUUCGAUACUUCUAUACAGAUUUCAUUCUGCUCAGCAACCGUACAAUUACCCGAUGACUUUUUUUGGAAUAUGCUCAUGUCAAACAUGAAUUUAGUCAUCAAAGAAAUGUCUCAAAUUGGAGCCAAAGCAGAAUUUAGCAUUGAUCCAAAUGAGGGCUACAUGGAUAUUACAGUUCAGCAUGGCAAAGUGGAUUACUGUUUCGCAUUUUUUUACUUUAAUCCGCACAUUUUUGAAGGAGAACCAUCACAGGUGUUAAAUAAUGUAAAUGACCCAACAUUGAAUAAUAUGUAUUUUGUGUGUAUUUUCAGGGCUGUAUAUUUUGAUCUCACAUGUGAGUACUCACUCACAAUAUUUGUAUGUAUGGUUUCGAUAUGUUGCAUUGUUUUUGUUUAA